AUGCCUCCAAAGAAGGGUGACAAAAAUGCUGGUGGCGGUGGAAAGAAGGCCUCGGCCUCCAAGCUGGUCGAGGACCGGACGUUUGGAAUGAAGAACAAAAAGGGAGCUGCUGCUCAGAAGCAGAUUGACCAGAUGACGAGGAACCUCAAAUCUGGAGGUUCGGCCGAGGAGAAGAAAAAGGCCGCCGAGAAGGCAGCAAGAGAGAAGGAGAAGAAGGCCGCCGAGGACGCCCGACGAGAAACAGAGGCUCUCCUCAACCGCCCAGCCCAAAUCCAGAAAGUCCCCUUUGGUGUUGACCCAAAGACGGUCGUCUGCAUUUUCUACAAAAAAGGCAACUGUGAGAAGGGAAAAAAGUGCAAGUUCGCACACGAUUUAUCCAUCGAACGCAAAACCGAAAAGGCGAACCUAUACACAGAUAAAAGAGGGGAGGAGGAGGAGGGCAAGAAACAGGAGACAUCUGCCGACUGGGACGAGGAACAACUGCGGAAGGUCGUUUUGUCUAAGAAGGGCAACCAACGGACAACGACGGAGAAAGUGUGCAAAUUCUUCAUUUCGGCGAUUGAGGAUGGAAAGUAUGGAUGGUUCUGGAUCUGCCCUAAUGGGGGAGAUAAAUGCAUGUAUAAACAUGCACUUCCACCUGGUUUCAUUCUUAAGACAAAGGAACAGCGGGCUGCAGAGAAGGCACUUCUCGAUAAGUCGCCGCUCAAGACGUUGACGUUGGAAGACUUCCUGGAAUCAGAACGCCAUAAGCUGACCGGAACUCUCACCCCCGUCACACCAGAGUCUUUCGCCAAAUGGAAGAAGGAGCGUCUUGACAAGAAGGCUGCUGAAGAGCAAGCUCGAAAGGCCAAGGAAAACACUGGUCGUUCUCUGUUCGAGAGUGGCAAGUGGAGGGAUGAAGAUGACUCGGAGGCUGAUGAUGAUGACGACGACGUAUGGAACCUGGAGAAGCUAAGGAAGGAGACAGAGGCACUCCGCCAGAAGAAGGAGGAUGAGCGCCUUCUCCAGUCACACAACGGCGAAGUAGCGCCAACGCCAACUGAGCCAGAUGCUGAAGGCGAGGCAGAAGCAUCGACAUCUUGA